GCUAGCCGACUUGAAUCAUGUUGAAAAUUGUCGCUCUUGCUCUUGUCUCCACAGUUGUGGUACUGGGUCAGACAUUUCCCCAUACUGACCACUCCGAGCACCAUCACGGUACAUCAAUCUGUGCCUUUAUCGGCAACGCUGACUGUUCUAUCUUCGCCCCUCAUACAGUAUGUGGUACUGAUGGCAAGACCUAUAACAGCAAAUGUGAUUUCUCCAAGGCCCACUGUAUUUCUGCCGAUCUACAUGUAGUUCACAAUGGAACUUGCGACCCCACAAUUGAUAAGGUUCCAAAUGUCCACGGAAACGAACUUGUUCAUCAAUUCUUCUGCGCCAAUCUCCAGCAUUCCAAAUGUGGCACCGACUUCGAAAUUGUUUGUGGCACCGAUUUGGUCACUUAUGAUAACUUAUGUUUGUUUGAGAAAGCCAGAUGUAGCAAUGUCAAGCUCAAUGUCUACACGUACCAAGCCUGCCCCACAUAAUAACACUGUUUUUAAUCUUCAACUGAAAUAAAAUGAUUCUUUAGACUUCUC